ACAAACUGCUUCAAAUGAACCAAAUAUGAGAGACCGCGAAAAAGUGACAUAUCACAAUAAUGAUAAAUUAUGGUGCGCAUUUUCUGAUAAGAACAACUAGCCCAGUUUGCUCCAUGGGACAACACGCAGGGCCCACGCUUGUUGCAACUUGACCAAUUCAAUGUUUGGGGUGAUGUUUCAUACCAGACAAUCGGCAUGAUUUCACACUAAUGAUAAUUGACCUAAUUUGGAUGGAAAGUUAGUUUGCUAACAAGCCAGCAAGCUAUAGCUAUAAAACCAAGCACCCAAAAUGCAAUCAGCUGAUAUGCGGCAUCUUCCAGGUCAUGUGACCAACCCCCCCCGGGUUUCAGAAGGGGUCUCCAGAUAGGUAGCACGAGCUGUUCACUUGUAUUGAACCAGAUAUCGCCUCUUCCUCUCACGACCAGAACAAUAUCGACGUGUCUGGAGGUGGAAUCGAAGAGGCAGCAGGAGGAUCCACCCAGCACCAGCGGACCAACCAUGACCACUGACCAUCGUCAAGACGGCCCAGGUCCAGUUCUCUCCAGGAUAUCAGCGAGCACCUCUGAGGAGGAUGUUCUCUGUCCUACUCCACCUCUCCCCCCCGGACCUGAUUCUCGGUACGAGAGAAUUGGAGGCCAAACAGGGACUUCUUUUUUACAGACCCUGAUCCACCUCCUGAAGGGGAACAUCGGCACAGGGCUGCUAGGUCUACCUCUGGCUGUCAGGAACGCAGGCCUUGUGUUAGGACCUCUGAGUCUGUUUGCCAUGGGGAUAAUAGCAGUCCACUGUAUGAAUCUGCUUGCAAAAUGUUCCCACCACCUCAGUGCACAGUUGAACAAGCCCUUUCUGGACUAUGGUGAUGCUGUGCAGUAUGGUAUGGAGAAAGUCUCGUGGCUGAGAAGGCACUCAAUAUGGGGGAGGCGGAUAGUCAACGUGUUUCUGAUCAUCACCCAGCUGGGUUUCUGCUGUGUCUACUUCGUCUUCCUCAGUGACAACGUCAAACAGGUGGUGGAGGCUUCUAACGGGACAACCAUGAACUGCCACAGAAACCAGACGGCUGUGACCGUCCCCAGCUUUGACUCCCGUCUCUACAUGUUGUGUUUCCUGCCAGCCAUUAUACUCCUGGUGUUCACCCCAAACCUGAAGUAUCUGGCCCCACUCUCUCUGGCAGCCAACCUGGCCAUGUGUACUAGUCUGGUCCUCAUCUACUUCUUCUGCUUCACGAACAUCCCAAAUCACAUCAACCUGCCCAAGGUGGGUCAUGCCAAAGACUACCCUCUCUUCUUUGGAACGGCCAUCUUUGCUUUCGAGGGGAUAGGAGUGGUCCUGCCCCUGGAGAACAAGAUGCAGAAGCCUCAGAGUUUCAAUAUGGUUCUAUGUCUGGGUAUGGGCAUCGUCACCUUCCUCUAUAUCAGCUUGGGGACCAUAGGGUACAUCACCUUUGGAGAGGCCAUAGGGGGAAGUGUCACCCUUAACUUACCCAACUGCUGGAUGUAUCAGGUUGUAAAGCUUCUCUACUGUUUCGGUAUCUACAUCACCUUUGCCCUUCAGUUCUACGUGCCAGCUGCGAUCCUGAUUCCUCCUGUGUUGUCCCGCUUCUCAGAGAGAUGGGAACUGACGGUUGAUCUCCUGAUCCGCACUGCGCUCGUAGUCUUCACCUGUGUCCUGGCCAUAUUGAUCCCCCAGCUGGACCUGGUCAUCUCUUUAGUGGGGUCCGUCAGCAGCAGUUUCCUGGCUCUCAUCUUCCCUCCACUCCUCCAGAUCCUCACCUACCACAACGAAGGUCUGUCUCCCUGGGUGAUCGUCAAGAACACCCUGAUCUCUGUCAUCGGCUUCCUUGGCUUCAUCACCGGCACUUAUAUAUCCAUCACAGAGAUCAUCAAACGCAACGGCAGACAUGACAAUCUGGAUGUGACCUUCUUCCAGGUCCAGUGAGAUAUCUAGUGAGGAAGAGGAGGAUAUCUUGACAGUGGUUGGUCUGGCAAACAGUGGAGGCUGGCGGGUGGAUAGAAUCUGAAGACAGUCUCAUUUUAGUAUGGAUGGUACCUUCCUUCGAUUUAGUGACACCAGCCUCCACUGCUGUCAAACGAUCGCAGUUAAAAGAUGUCUUCACCCUGACUUCAGACAUGUGUUUUUCUCACUUGCUCUAUUGUCCAUUGAUUAAACAUUUAUUGAUAUUGUGAGUCUGCUUACUGUUGUGGUUAUUGGUCGCUGUGGAGCAAUUAUUUAAUGGAAAAUAAGUGUAAACCAACUAAUUGUUACAGUAACCGUAUAGCCAAGAAGAUAACACUAUUUUAUUUAACCUUUAUUUAACCAGGCAAGUCAGUUAAGUAACACUGACGGCCAAACCCGGACGGCGCUGGUCCAAUGGUUUCCGCCCUAUGACACAAGCUUCAUUCUCUCUGUGCCUUAUGAGCUUCCAUGUUUUUACAUUCUUAUUUUUAUGGUGUACUUUUUAUAUAUAUAUAUUUUUUUUACUUUUCCAUGCCGCAAGAGCACCUAUCUUACAUGUUUUAUUAUUUUAUGUUGAAUAAUUUAACCAAAUCAUUGAAUAUUGAGCAAUCACAUUCUCAUAACAUUUAUUAUUGUUAAAACAAGGUACUAAUAGAGAUACAAAUUCUUGUUAGACGUUCUGUUGAAAUACAUCCUGGAAGUUGUCCAAGUGAUAAAAUAGCAUUUACAUAACUGUUAAGUUUCAUUUUGAAUCAUAUCAUAAUUCUAUAUAGGCCUUGUUUUAACUAGAGUAUUUCCAGCAGAAUGGUAAAUGACUGACCAUGUUUAAUAUGACUAUCAGAACACUACAACCUGUAGUCUGACAAUCACCAUCAUCAUUACUGCUGCACAUUUAGCUAUGACAUUGACAUUGAAUACAGUUUCCUGACUACAAAUUGAAUACAGUUUCCUGACUACAAAUUGAAUAGUUUCCUGACUACAAAUUGAAUAGUUUCCUGACUACAAAUUGAAUACAGUUUCCUGACUACAAAUUGAAUACAGUUUCCUGACUACAAAUUGGAUACAGUUUCCUGACUACAAAUUGGAUACAGUUUCCUGACUACAAAUUUGAUACAGUUUCCUGACUACAAAUUGAGAGACAAAAAGAUGUACUAGUUGAAUGGAAACUUUUUGUUUUUAAAAGGAAAAGCAUCAUUUACAUGUUUCAAGUCAAGCUGUCCAGAUCACCAACUGUAAUACUAAUUAACUUAAGACUGUAAAGAAAUAGGACAAAGUAAUGUGUAUAUUGUGGAGCUAAUACCAUGUGUUAUUCCUCAGUUGAGGUCAUUUAUGUUGGUGCUUUAAUUUAUUACAUUUGUCUCAAGUUGGGCACUGGAUUUAUUCAUCAUGCUCUAUUAUUUUAUUUAGGCAGCAUUUUAUCACUUGUCUCGGUUGUGCCAACUGUUUUCUUGAGUUUGUAGACUGAAUGGGCCCAGUUUAGAGUGGGUUGGACAGAAUGGGCCCAGUUUAGAGUGGGUUGGACUGAAUGGGCCCAGUUUAGAGUGGAUUGGACUGAAUGGGCCCAGCUUAGAGUGGGUUGGACUGAAUGGGCCCAGCUUAGACUGGGUUGGACUGAAUGUGCCCAGCUUAGAGUGGGUUGGACUGAAUGUGCCCAGCUUAGAGUGGGUUGGACUGAAUGUGCUCAGUUUAGAGUGGGUUGAAUGUCAUGGUGAUACCACAUGGCAUUCGGAGAACUGAACUGAUUGCUACUUUUUUCAACUAGCUUUGAAUAAUGGCAAGUUUUGAACUAUUGUUGAGUUUGGACUUUAUUGUAAAUAAAAAUCUUGUAUU